CUAACUCUCCCUUGUUUCUUUUAAGUUAUCCUUUCCACCUCAAAACAAUAGUUUUCAAGCAAUUUUUGAGCUUUUGGUGUUUCUUCAUUGUUUGCAUUGUGACAGUUCAGAAUGAAAAUUAGAAUCAGAAAAUUCCUUUCCUCCACAUCAGAGGCUAUUGCCACCACCGCCAUUGAUGUACGCGAAGAAUAUGCCAAUGCCUUCAGGACUGAAUCAUACAAUGACUUUUGGACACGUGUCCUUUCGCUAUCCGAUCCAACCUCUUCCAUGUCUAUUCCGGUUGACUCAACAACUGCCGCUCGCCUUCCAUCUUAUCGACUUUUCUUUGAACAUCUUUUGGAUCCAGAUCAGCCCACGGUUACCAAAAUCCUUGCCUUGACCCGUAACCCGCCUAAAACCCACUCUCUUUUAACCCAAUAUUUCAGCCAAACAGCCAACGCCUCUCUUUUAUGUGGCUCGUUACUAAAGGAUAUCGACCAUACACGUGUCAGAUACCGCUCUUUAAAAACCGCCAUCAAAUCCUUGGAUCCUUUAUCACCGGAGAUCCUUUUAACCCGUCUAACCGAGUUCACCAACUCCCUAAAUCCGUUUCACUGGUCCGCUCCAUCUGCAAGCCAAGUUCGAGCCAUACAAGCUGAUUGCGCCAAUUUGCUCAAGCAGCUCGAGUCAAGCCGCGACAAGGCUAAAGCCAAACUCCAGCUGAAUAGCAAACUAAAACAUAGCUCAGCUUUAUUUGUGGUGGCUUUCACAGCUUCACUAACCGUGAUCCUCGCAACUCAUGCUUUGGCGUUGCUGGUAGCUGCCCCAGCUCUUUUAACGGCUUCGUUGGAGCUGGGCUCUAGUAAAAGGCUGGGCAAAGUGUCGGCUCAGCUCGACAUGGCUGCAAAGGGGACGUAUAUUCUGAGUAGGGACUUGGAAACCAUUAGCCGAUUGGUGGCUCGGGUAAAUGACGAGGUGGAGCACAUGCACGAAACGGUGAAGUUUUGGGUUGAGAGCCAAGGCAAUGGGGAAGUGGUGAGGGAGCUGAAGAAGACUAAUUGCUGCUUUAGCGAGCAGUUAGAUGAGCUGGAGGAGCAUUUGUACUUGUGCUUAAUGACAAUUAAUAGAGCUAGAACCCUUGUACUUAAGGAGAUUAUAUACAAAAUAAAAUAAGGUGAAGGAAAUUACAUUUCUACCUUUCUUCAACAAUCAA